GGGGACGGCGGCGGAGGGGGGUGAUGUUCGCCGAGCCGCUUCCACUGUCGCUCGGUCUCUCGCUCGGUGCAGCGUCCGCCUCCUCCUCCUCUUUCUCCUCUUCCGCCUCGUCCUGCUCCCUCCAUCAUGGCUCUCAACAUCCCCGGCGUGAGCGUCAUGAUGUUCUUCUACCUUCUGGUGCUCGCCAUCGGCGUGUGGGCCUCCUUCAAGUCCAAGCGGGAGGCCAAGAAGGGCCGCGGAGACCAAACGGAGAUGGCGCUGCUCGGCAACCGAGGCAUCAACCUGGCCGUCGGCAUCUUCACCAUGACAGCUACGUGGGUUGGCGGAGGGUUCAUCGUGGGCACGGCGGAGGCCGUGUACAACCCGUCCAUGGGUCUCAUCUGGGCCGUCAUGCCCAUCACAGCCACCAUGUGCUUCAUCUUCGGAGGACUGUUCUUCGCCGAGCCCAUGCGCAAUAGCAAGUACGUGACCAUGAUGGACCCCUUCCAUAUCAAGUACGGCAAGGUGGCCACAGCCGCCCUCUCGCUGGCCGCCCUAGUCUCCGAGAUCAUGUGGGUGACUGGCACCCUCAUAGGAUUAGGCGUGACCAUGAGCGUAAUCCUGGAUCUGUCAUACACGGUGAGCAUCUGGAUCUCAGCAGCCGUGGCCAUCACGUACACGCUUCUGGGCGGGCUCUACUCGGUGGCCUACACCGACAUCAUCCAGCUGGUGCUCAUCUUCAUCAGCCUGUGGAUGUGUGUUCCUUUUGCGCUGAUGAGUCCGGCCGUGACUGACAUCACGCAGACGGCAUACAACUACACCUUCCAGCCGCCCUGGGUGGGCACGCUGGAGGAGGACCGGGUGUGGCGUUGGAUUGAUAACUUCUUAAUUCUGGGCUUGGGUAACCUAGGCCUUCAGAACUUUCACCAAAGGACUCUGUCGGCCGCCUCGUCCACAACGGCCAAGAUCACCUGUUUCGCCGCCGCUUUCAUUGUCCCCACGCUGGGGAUUCCGCCCAUACUGCUGGGCGCGGCCGCCGCAUCAACGGACUGGAACAUGACGUCUUAUGGUUCGCCGUCUCCGUUCGAUCGCGGUCAGACCGGUCUGGUGUUGCCCAUCGUGCUUCAGCACCUCACCCCGCAGUACAUCUCUAUCGUGGGCAUCGGUGCCGUGGCAGCCGCCGUCAUGUCCUCCACCGACUCGGCCCUGCUAUCGGCCGCCUCCAUCUUCACCUCUAAUAUCUACAAGAACAUCCUCAGAACGCAGGCUUCGGAGCAGGAGCUCCAGUGGGUGAUCCGUGCGUCGGUUGUGGUAGUGGGCCUGGCGGGGACGUCGCUGACCUUUCUGGACAACAGCGUGCUAAUGAUCUGGAUGCUUCGCUCGGACCUGACCUACACGCUGAUGCUGCCGCAGCUGGUGUGCGUGCUCUUCUUCGCCGUGUCCAACGGCUAUGGCGCCGUGCUGGGCUGCCUGAGCGGCAUGCUCUUCCGCGCCCUCUGUGGCGAGCCCGUGCUGGGCAUCCCUGCCCUGCUGCGCUUCCCAGGCGGCGUGUUUGUUGAUGGCGUCUACGUGCAGACAUGGCCCAUUCGCACCAUCUGCAUGCUGACUGCUGUGGCGGCCAUUUUGUGCUUCUCCUUCCUGGCCUCGCUGCUCUUCCACAAGGGAGUCAUCCCGCACCGCUGGGACUUUUUCCAGGUGCUGACGCGGGACGCCGCCGACGGCCACGACGCCAAAUAUGACGUCAAGGACGACGACGACGACGAUGUCAAGGAACGCAGCGAGAGCAACGAGGUCUGCGAGCCCAUGCUGGAAUCAACUUUUUAGAAUGCCUGACUUUACUUUCGUCCUUUAGGAACAAAAAAUGUAUGCAAGUUUAGUACUGGCGCAGUAAUCCCCCGCCGUUCCGGGGCAAGCCACCGUUGAUCGGGCCUUCCGUCCAAAAAGCGACUUACUUUCUUGUUUGUCAAACCCAAGGCCCGUGGUUUAAAUUCAACCACUUUGCUACUAAAUCUGGACCAAAAAAAAUGGAACUCAUUCUGCUAUAACUCUGGUCUAUUGUCCUUCUCCAAAGCGAAUCUUUUCCCCAAUUACUUUCAAGUGUAAUCAGUCGAAGGACUCCAACAUUCAGAAUUUACUAGUAAGGUUCAUAAACAGUUAAUCAAUGAGCAAAAUAGUUGGCAACCAGUAACCAUGGCAGCCCGACUACGAAUGUAAAAAAUAUGUCACAGGCAGGAAAUUGAUUGGAAUACUUUAAUAUUUUUGCAUGACGCUCACGCUUAUGUUACAGCUUCUUUAAUUUCGGAAAAAAAUAUGAACUCAUUGCUUUUGAUAGGAGUCCGAACGGAGUGGACGACAAGCGCCGUCAAUAGUACUGAAAUGUAAUCACGGUAUAAAUUGAACCGCGAAUAAGCAGGGGAUUACUGUAGUAGUUUUUUUUUUUUUUAGUUGUGUAUGCUGACCGGCGUACAUGAAAAAAAAAAACGACAGCUAUGCUCUCUGUUUUAAGAGCUCAGCAUCCUUUCUGCAAUUUUCUGCAGCAAUGACACUUCCGGGCACGGACAGAGGGGGCGUUAGGGGGCCACUGUUGCCAAAAAGGACGUGAAUGUGCUCAGCGUCAAGUGACUUUGCCACCAGCCGAUUGUCAAACAAAUGCCAGUAAAAACUCAUUGUUGUAUUUUUUGUUUGUUUUUAUUGUAUUUUAGCUUCUUAGACAAGUAGGUGAUUGUCAACUGCUGAUUGUAUCGUGACUGAGCGACAAGAAGGGCCCUCGAGCACGAGCACUUCAUUGUACAGAAACGAAACAAAAACAAGACAAAAAUCAAAAUAUCUGCCUGCCUAUGCAAACAAGUGUGAAUGAUUUAACAUUAAACCCUUCGUUAGCCCCCUUUCACUUGCCGCCUUGUCAAUCUUUUCCCCAAAACGCAGUUUUUCUUCUUUGAUCGUUUGUUAGUUCGCUGCUAGCCCUUCUAUUUCAAAUGAAUUGGACAUCAAUCAAUGCAUCAAAGCAAUGGCAGCGAGUAGGUUAAGAAAAUAAUAUUUGCGAUUCCUCUUCCUCUCACCCAUAAGCGGAGUUUAAGGGGGGCAAGGCCCCCCUUAAUGGCCGAAAAAUGUCAUUGCAUGUAAGUGACUUUCCUAUAUAUAUAAUGUAUAAAAGUUGUAAAGCAUAAAGGAAACAACAAAAAUUAGUAAAUGAAAAAAGAUAUUUUUAUAAUGGGUCAAAAUAAUUUUUUGAACAGAUCAUGUGAUUAGCACCCUAAACGGUCAUUUGCUUUGCAUAUUAUUUUAAAAAAAAAAUCGGGGAGGGCAAUUUUAUUUUUCAAAUGAUUUUUACCUUUGUUUGAAAAUAUUUUUUUUUUGAAUGAA